AUGGCUAAUUCUAAGACGCUUAUCUCUGUUUUAUCCUUAUUAGCCCUUGCUACUGCUUCCCCUUUCCCUAUAAAUACCAACUUCUCUAUCACACAGGUUGCUGUUAAGGUUCCUGCUGUCCACCCAGCUGCGAUAUAUGCCCAGGCUUAUACUAAGCUUGGUAUUGAUAUUCCUGAUCAUAUAGCCUUAGCAGCUAGAUCUAGUUGGACUGACUCUAUUGCCGCUAAUCCCUUUAUAAAUGAUGUUGAAUACCUUACUCCUAUUCAAAUUGGUGAUAAUAUCUUGAAAGUUUGUCUUGAUACUGGCUCUUCUAAUCUAUGGGCCUAUACUCCUCAAACCCCUAGGGUUGGAUUCCACGCUAAGUAUAACCCCAAAACUGGUAGAUUGAUGCCGGGUUAUGACUGGUAUACUAUAAAUGGAGACCAAACUACUCUUAGAGGUCGUGUGUUCCAGGAUAUAGUUAAUAUUGGUCAUCUUAGCUAUCCUAACCAGGCAGUUCAGGUUGUUGAUAUUAUCACACCUCAAUCAGCUAUGUAUAAUCCUUCCCGAGCACAUGAUGGUAUCUUUGGAAUGGCCUUCUCUUCCUUAAAUUGUGUUCGACCUAGAAAGCAGAAGACCUUUUUUGCUAAUAUUAAGCGCUUCCUUAAUUCCCCUCUCUUUGCUUUCUGCCUUAAGCAUCGGACUCCUGGUACCGUUGAUUUUGGUUGGAUUGAUCCCAAGAAGUAUAAGGGGCAGAUUUUCUGGACACAUGUUGAUAAGAGUGAGGGAUUAUGGAAGAUUUCUAUUGAUGGAUUCCGUAUUGGAAGAGAUCACUCUAGUCCUAUCUCUUUCUCUGCUAUCGUCGACACUGGUUCCAGUAUUAACCUCUUUCCAGAGUACGUUGUCAAACAAUACUAUAAAAGGAUUCCUGGUUCCUAUAAAUCAACUCAAGACGGUGGAUACAUCUUCCCAUGCACUCAGACUAGUGUUAUUCCUGACCUUAGCCUUGAGAUUGGUCAACACAUCGCUGUUAUUCCUGGCCAACUCUUGAAGUAUAGUAGCAAUCGUACCCAUUGCUUUGGUGGUAUCCAAUCCAGUCCUCAUCCCAGCCUCAAUGUACUCGGCGAUGUCUUCCUAAAGGGCCACUAUGUGAUUUUCUUUGAUGACAGCACAAAUCCGUGGAUAGGUAUCGCUCCCCAGGCAUAA